ACCAGCGUCUGAGUCCCGCAGAAGCAGCAGCAGCAGCAGCGCAGCGGAGCCGGUUAGCAGCAGGCUAACGUGAUGUCUAAAGCCUCUAAAGUGGUCCUCGGGAUCUCUGUGGUUCUGACUGUAGGCACCGUGGCUGCCGUUCACCUCAAACAGGCCUGGGACCGACAGCGUCUCCACGAAGGAGUUGUCAGGGAUCUUGAGCGGUGGGAGAGGAAGAAGGAGAAUCUGAGGAGGCUGGAGGAGCAGAAGAUUCUGACCAGACACCUGAAGGAGGAGAGACACCGCAGAGAGACAGAGCUCCAGCCACAGGACCACGACUGA